AUGACGGAACAACUCAUUCUUAAGGGCACCCUCGAGGGCCACUCCGGAUGGGUCACCUCGCUCGCGACUUCGCUCGAGAACCCAAACAUGCUCCUCUCCGGUUCGCGCGACAAGACUUUGAUCAUCUGGAACUUGACCCGCGAUGAGAGUUCUUACGGAUACCCAAAACGAUCUCUCCACGGUCACUCUCACAUCGUCUCUGACUGUGUCAUUUCCUCCGACGGUGCAUAUGCCCUCUCUGCAUCUUGGGACAAGACUCUCCGACUCUGGGAGCUUUCUACCGGUACCACCACUCGCCGAUUUGUUGGACACACAAACGACGUCCUCUCCGUCUCCUUCUCUGCCGAUAACAGACAGAUCGUCUCAGGAUCCCGCGACCGAACAAUUAAGUUGUGGAACACCCUGGGUGACUGCAAAUUCACCAUCAGUGAGAAGGGACACGCCGACUGGGUCUCAUGCGUCAGAUUCAGCCCUAACCCACAGAACCCAGUCAUUGUCAGCUCUGGAUGGGAUAAGCUCGUAAAGGUCUGGGAACUUUCUUCCUGCCGCCUACAAACUGACCACAUUGGCCACACCGGCUACAUUAAUACCGUCACAAUCUCCCCAGAUGGAUCUCUCUGUGCUUCCGGUGGAAAGGAUGGAACCACCAUGCUUUGGGACUUGAACGAAUCAAAGCACCUGUACUCUUUGAACGCUGGCGAUGAGAUCCAUGCCCUUGUUUUCUCGCCAAACAGAUACUGGCUCUGCGCUGCCACAUCUAGCAGCAUCAUCAUUUUCGAUUUGGAGAAGAAGAGCAAGGUUGACGAGUUGAAGCCAGAAUUCCAGGCCGUUGGUAAGAAGAGCAGAGAGCCAGAGUGUGUUAGCUUGGCAUGGAGUGCAGAUGGACAGACACUUUUUGCAGGUUACACCGAUAACAUCAUCCGUGCUUGGGGUGUUAUGUCGAGAGCAUAG